AUGCCACGCACCGUCAAGCAAGAACAAGGUCGCUACGACUCCGACUACCUUCCAGAGCCCUCGGAUACGGCCAUUGGCAAGCGUCCCGAGGGUAAUGGCGCCGGCGACCUGGCGGGCUCAGCGCCAGCGUCGGGGAACCAGCCCAAGGAGAUUGUCAUCAAGAACCACUUUCCGGUCGCAAGGAUAAAACGCAUCAUGCAGGCCGACGACGACGUGGGGAAGGUGGCCCAAGUCACCCCAGUGGUAGUGUCCAAAGCUCUGGAGCUGUUCAUGAUUUCGCUCGUCACCAAAGCGGCCGCCGAGGCCAGGUCGCGCAACUCCAAACGCGUCGCUCCGCUGCACCUCAAGCAGGUCGUCACCACCAAUGAACAGUUCGACUUCCUUUCCGAGAUUGUCGCCAAGGUCGCAGACGCGCCCGCUCCUGCCGAAAAGUCGGGCGACGCCAUGGAUGUCGACAGCAAGAAGCGCAAGGGGCCAGGCAAGAGGAGGAAGAAGGCCGACGAGGACGACUUUUAG